GCUCGACUGAAACAUCUGGAAAAAGUCUCUUCUAUUAUAACGAUAGGGACGAAAUUAAAGAUAAAAAUCUAAAAUGAACUUUGGGUAUUAUAAUCCAAAUGCUGCACCCGGGUGGAUAUACUUCCCAUUGAUAUCACCUCCGAAUGGUGGUUAUCAGAGCAGCUAUAUAACGCUAGAGCAGCAACAGCAACAUAUUGAGAAUGUUGCAUCACCACCAGCGAUUACUUCAAGAAGAAAGGCUUAUCAUCCGCCAAGCACAGCCAAAAGUACAUACUGCAUUUGGGUAGGAAAUAUUCCAUCAGACAGUACAGUAGAGGAAUUGUUUAAAUACUUUUCAAGACAAGCACCGCAUUCACCGAGGUUAAGUGUCAAUGAGUACAGUAGUAUGUCACCAAAUUGCGGUGUUGAAUCCGUGCAUUUAAUCAAUAAGAGUAGAUGUUGUUUCGUUAAUUUAAAUUCACAACAAUCACUCAAUCUUGCAAUACGUGAUUUUAAUGGUAGCAAGCUCCGUAUGGGGUCGCCAAGGCUUGUCGUACGUGUACGGGAUACUAACUCUGAGUUAACGAGCGGAGUCGGUUCUCAGAGAGGUCGCAAAUUACAUAGAAACUGGGUCAAAAUGAUCUCAGAACAAAAUGAGCCAUCAGAAGAACGGCGAAGCAACAGAUCGUUAUCUAGAUCAAGCUCAAUAAGUUCAACAUCAACAACGUCAACCUUCCUCACUAAUCACUUCCCUACGCGUUAUUUUAUUUUAAAAAGCCAUCGCUUUGAGGACCUCCUGGAGAGUGUUAAAAAGUGUAAAUGGUCCACGCAAGCGCAUAAUGAAUACGUUUUAGACAAAGCAUAUAGAUCUUCAAAACAGGUUAUUUUACUAUUCUCAAUUAAUAGAUCCGGCGGAUGGUUCGGAUAUGCUAAAAUGACAUCUGGAAUUAUAGAAAAUAGUUUCAGUUUAGAAUGGUUAAAAGUCCAAUUCUUACCUUUCUCUUAUACAAAAAUUCGUAAUCACUUCAAUGGCAACCGUGAAAUAAAAGUUUCGCGGGAUGGUACAGAGGUCGAACCUGGAAUUGGACAACAAUUAUUGGAUAUUUGGGAAACAGCUCCUAUACAAGAUGUCUAAAGUGGAAGCUUUUAAUCAUUUUAAUUAAUAUAUACACGCAUUACAGCAUCACUAAUGUUGUUUUCAUGUAUUCGGGACGAGAUCCUGAUAACUUGAAAAGAUCAGCAUUAUAUCAAUCAUUCACGAGAUCUAAAAGGUUUAAUAAAUUAAUAAAUACACGUCAUUACAACAUCAUUACUGGGGUCUUUGCUUAUAUGCUUGGUAUGCUUGAAAUUCUGACAUACGCCUAUCAUGCUCAAAUUUCUGAUUAAUCGGUGAUUGUAAUCUUGAUAGAUGGGCCCUAUGUCUAGCUUGAAGUUCCUCGACUGUCAUACUUCUACUCCUAUUACGGUUGUUAUAACCUCCAUAAUCGCUGCUGUCGAAUUUUGACAAGGUGUUUGGUGUAGAUGUGCGAGCGUAGGCCAUAUUGCCUGUGACAGUAUCAUUUGAGUACGACUUUCUAGGUGCUGGCCUAUUAGCCAAUGUCGGCGUUGCUCUACCUAUAUUUUCAUAGGUUACGCUACUCUUUCGUGAUCGGGAAUGAGUUCCAUCGUCUACCUGCUUCGGCGAGAUGCUCUGGUAGUCUUCAUGUGAAACCUGUUUUUCUGAUUGUACCAUAGUUGGCAUGUAUUUACCACCGACAAGCGAAUUGAAAUCUGGUGCACGACGUCUACGAUCCAUGGCAGCAGCUACCGCUGGGCUGACUUCAAUAUUAUCAUCUUGAUUAAUUUGUCUACUAACUCCAGAAGGUGGUGCGUAGAGUUGUCUAGAACGUACGUAUUGCUCCCAUUCUGACAACCGAGCUUCCUCAUCAUUCGGCUUAUUAACUGCCUUGGCAAAUGAUUGCGUCGACUGAGCUCUCAUCCUUUUGCUGUUUUUCCUAAUUGGGAAAUCAGCCAUGGAUCUACUAGCAGCCUUGCCGUCCUCGUCCGCUGUGUUGCGCAGCUCAUCAGUACUCCUACUUCUCAAUUCAUCAAUAGAUUUACGGAUAUUGGCUAUAUCACUCAGAAGUGCUUCUUUUUGUUUGAGGUCUUCUUGAGCUUUAUCAAAUGAUUGGCGAUUGAGUAACGUUGGCGCAGAUGGCGCUCUCUGUCUCUUUCCAUCUGGACGUGGAGGUAUAGCAGGUUCUAGUGUUUUUACUUUAGCCAUCUGCGCUUCCGCUUUGAGUUCUUCUGGGUCUGGUUCGGGAAGUCCCAAUUCAGUGCGCAUCUCUGAUCCGAACCCUAAAUCAAGGGCAGGAAGUGGUCCUUCUUGUACUUCUGGUUUCAUUGGAGCAGGGAGGGCAGGUGGUGGAUCAUUAGUUUCUACAUCUUCUGGUGCUGCCGCCGAUGGACCUGAGAAGCUUGACAGCGGUGGUAACAACGGUGGAGGUGACCUAUUUGGACUUGGCGGUCUAUCUAUUAUUUCUGGAGCAGGCAUUUGUGGAAAUUCUUGACCAAGUUGCGGACUAACAUUAUUACUGUCUCCAUAACUAUUCUUUUCCAUGCUGCCACUGUGACGCUCGUCUUCGUGAAGAUUUACAUUUAUUGGCGUAGAUGAUUUGUUAAAGAGUGCGUUGGAUACGGCAUACUUCGCAGCAGCUAUUGCUCCACGUGGUGUACCGUUUUGAUUUUCCCAUGCAAAUCGAGCAUCAUCUCUACGUUUGUUUCUUUUCAUUUCAAGUGAGUCGACGUCUGUAUCGUCUGGAUCUAAGCCCAUAUCGCGAGCGGCUUCCUCGUCUCUUCCCAUUUUUGCCUUGCGACCUGCGAGUAUAGCGAGACGGUAUUGUAAUGCUAAACUGAGCAGCGUUGUAGCUGCUAUAACUGCCAAAAGGAUUAUCUCAGUUUGCGUAAGCAAGAAAUCCAUGUUUUUGCUACUAUUAGG